UAAAUGUGGCGGGAGUAAACAAAGUGAAUAAUACGGUAGACCUACACCAGCGGGGAAAAAAGAAAACCGAACAUUGAUACUUAUUUAUUUAAUAUUCUUAAGUAAUUUUAUUACAUUAUGGAUUUCGGAAACAAGAUAAAGUCUAAAAAUGUUCCCAAAAAACUCCUUGAUGAUCGUUAUCCACAUCGGCUUCAACUGUACACGCAACCACCAACAGACACAGUUUCUCUGCAGGAAUUCGAAGAGUUAGCUGUGGAAAGAUUGAAAGUUUUAAAAGCUAUUGAAAACAUUGGCAUCACUCAUCAAAAGGGGACAGCAAAAUACCAAGAACUAUUGGAAAAAGAAAUAGCAGCUACCAAAUUGAAAGAUUGUUUCCUUAGGAAAAGAAAUUUACCUCCAGAGGAUGAAAUAGCCAACAGGAAACGAGAUCACCUUUCCCACUUCAUCCUCAGGCUCGCCUACUGCAGAUCAGAGGAUCUACGCAGAUGGUUCCUGUUACAAGAACUUGAUUUGUUCCGCUUCAGAUUUCAAAUAGAAGACGCAGAGAGUAGAGUGCAGUUUCUUCAGUCCAGCUCUCUCAAGUACAAACCAGUCAGUAAAGAAAAACAAGAACUUGUAACAAAACAAUUGGAUGGGGCAGAUCACAUGACCAAUGCUAACGACACGGAGUACUAUGAGGUGCCAUUCACAGAAGCUCUGGACCUGGUCAGGACCAGAAAAGUUUACCUGGCCAAAGGUUUGGCUUAUGUUCCACGGGAUGACCUGGUCUCUAUCCUCUUGUCUCUCUACAGAAUGCAGCUGUCCCAGGCACUGACCCUGACGUCCCGUGCGCUGCCUAGCAUGGAAGAAGAUGGCCGUCUGCUGCCGAUGUUGUGUGGGUUGAGCAAGCGCUACCUGGGCCAGGACUACAGCUCCAAGAAACACAACGUUGGUGUGGUCACCGCUGACAUGAUUGACUUUCUGUCCAAGAAGUCCUUCCCACUGUGCAUGCAGAACAUCCAUGUGGCCUUGAAGCAGAACCACCACCUGAAGCACGGCAGCAGGCUGCAGUAUGGUCUCUUCUUGAAAGGCAUCGGCCUGACUCUGGAGGAGGCUAUCAAGUUCUUUAGGACAGAGUUCACUAAAGCUAUGGAUGUUGACACCUUUGACAAGAAUUAUACGUACAACAUACGCUACAACUAUGGAAAAGAAGGCAAGAAAACAGACUACACCGCCUACGGGUGUAUGAAGAUCAUUUUGAACAACCCCCCAGCUGCUCAAGACAGUCAUGGUUGUCCUUUCAGACAUUUUGACCCAGAAUUUCUAAAGCAGAGACUCACAACACAAGGAAUCUCUAAAGAUGGAGCAGAAGUUAUAAUGAAGUACACCAAGGGAGGCCACUACCAGAUAGCCUGCGCCAAGUUUUUUGAGUUGUCUCAUGGGAUCAGUGACAGCAACAGUGAGGUGGAGAUGGUCAUACAACAUCCCAACCAAUACUUCGAACACAGCCAAAAGCUUCUCAAUGGUCCACCUAAAGCCCCUCUGGUACCCCGGGGAGUGAAAGUUGUCAGCAGCCAACAGUACAGCUCCUCUGCAGCAGAGGUCAAGGCUGAACCAGCAGAGGUCAAGGCUGAACCAGCAGACUUUGAUGAGGACAUGACAGAAGAACAGCUGAGUGCACUGGACUCUUCCAUUACAGCAGAGAUGUGAUGUGUUUACUGUCGACACAACACACAUGAUGUGCAACACAACACACAUCCCAGCACUGAUUGUUGUGUUGAAUGUAGA